AUGGUGUUAAUUUUCAAAUUUUCUAUGGAAUAGACUGAUAAACGGUUUUAGAUUAGGGUUGAUAACUGGUGAUAAUAGCAAUUGUUAAAUUGCUUCCCUUAUAAUUUUUAUUUGAUAGUGUGCGAUAGUGUAUAUUUAGUAACGUUUAUAAUAAGAGCUAUGGCAAAUAAAGGUAUCAAACUGGAUAUAAAAUGGAUAAAUCAGAUUAAUACAAAUUUAGUAGCUGUUACUAAGCAAGCUAACAAGAUAAUAUCGUCACGAACAUUAGAAGGAGACCAUCAUGCAGCAUGGAUACUAAAAGCCCUAACUUGUAUUGACUUAACUACUUUAAGUGGAGAUGAUACCCAAAGUAAUGUAGCAAGACUUUGUUUAAAGGUUAUGGUUAAUCGUGUAGCAGAAGCACAUGUUGAAGGUGUCGUGAAAUGUGAUUUAGUUAAUUUUUCUUAAAAGAAGUUGAUUCCCCAUAAAGAAUAAUGUCAGAAAGAAUAUUUGUUUCUUCCCUUAUAAUGAAUUUGCAAAAUUCGAGUAAUGACAAUGUGGAACUUAAAAGGAUAGCCGAAAAAACAUACAACAAGAAAUUAAACAAAAGCCAUGUUAAGGCAAUUUACAAUGAUCUGGCGCUGUUAAUGUUAAAUCCUGUACAUGCUGAAGAUAUUGUUGUAACUUUUAAGGAACAUGUAGUCAGCAUAUUAUCAUAUGCAUUACAUGAUUCCAUUUUACAAUGGGAUACUGAUAUACACUUAAGAAACUGUGUGGUAUUAGGAAAAAUAAUAGAUUUACAUCCUGAUGUUGGAAGUGUUGCUAUUUCUUAUUUUAAUCUAUACCCUUCGCCAUUUGAGAGUAAUACAUUAGAAAGUCCUAUAAAAAAGAAAACCCGAACUAAGGAGUCCCCAGUUAAUAGGGAGAUUAAAGUAAAUAAUGUGGAUAUUGUAGAUGCUUGUUACAAACUGUUAAAGUUUUCUCCUGAUUUCUUUGGGAGGAAAUGGCCAUGGUCUGUGUUUUUUAAAACAUUUUUCAAUCAAAAUAACCCUAAAAUUAUAUGGAAUUGUUGUUGUUGCGUUAGGAUUUUAACUGGAAUGAAUGAGUCAUCAUUAGAGAAGUUUAUGAAGUUGGAUUUAUCAGAUAAACAAAUAGAUCAGUUUUUAAUUCAGUUUGAAACUAAUAAACAUUCAAAAUCUACUAUUCACUUUCCUAAAAAUGAAAUGGGUACUGCAGAUGAAGAUUUUUUUAUUGAUCAAAGUUCUACUAUAUUUUCUCAUGUUACUUAUGUUGGAAAUAUACUUUUACCUGUUUAUAAUAAAGAAACUAUUGGGGAAGUAACAAGUAGCAGAAUAAUUGAAGUAGAAUCCACCAAGAGAAAUUUAUUUAAGAUUGCAUUAGCCGUGGCUGCAAACAAGCCAGUUUGUUUGCAAGGUCCAGUUGGAUCUGGAAAGACUUCUUUAGUAGAAUAUGUGGCCAUGAAAACUGGGAGGAUUUUGGGUAAAUCUCUGUUUAAAAUCCAGUUAGGGGACCAAACAGAUAGCAAAUUACUUUUGGGAUCUUAUAGAUGCACUGAUGUUCCAGGGGAAUUUGUGUGGCAACCAGGUGUUCUAACACAGGCGGUGAUUCAAGGCAGUUGGAUACUUCUAGAAGACAUUGAUCUUGCAAAUUUAGAUAUAUCAUCUGUAAUUAGUGCUUUAAUUGAAAACAAAUGUCUGUCUGUUCCUGGUUAUAGAGAUGCUAUACCAGUGGGUCCUGGUUUUCAGAUUUUUCUAACGCAAAGAUCAAUCACUAAGUCGAGUGGUCAUCACAUGAAGCAGACAAAUACCAGUAUUUUGUUAGAAAAGCAUAUUCUUCGGAUAAAUAUCGAAUCUCUCUUUAAAGAAGAACUAGAACAAAUAAUAUCGACGUCCUAUCCUGUUUUAAAAACUAUUUCGUCACGAAUGGUCAACGUGUUCAGGGUUUUUUCUGCAGAAAAUUAUGAAAGCUUUUCUAGAAUUAAAGGCGGCCGACUGAUUUCUACCCGGGAUUUAUUUAAGUGGUGUUCUCGAGCUGCUAUAAACUUUGACGUUUCUAGUCAAGCGAGCGCUUUAAAGGUCCUACAAGAAGCGAUAGAUAUAUUUUGCUGCUCAUACAGCAAGUUAGAAGAGAAGAUAGAAAUUGCUAAAGCUAUCAGUUCUGAAUUAGGAAUCGUAAACGAGAAGGGUGAAUAUUUUUGUACGAAGUACAAACCUAAUUUAACUCUUACACCUGAUAGCUUCACAGCUGGCCGAGUCUCGUUACCACGAAAUGCGAAUUUGGAACCAAAAUACUCGGUAUUUUCUUUUACGCGGCCCUCUGUUUGUCUUUUGGAACAAAUAAUGUGCUGUAUAAGUAUGAACGAACCAGUACUCUUAGUUGGAGAAACGGGAACCGGAAAGACCACUUCGGUGCAAUAUUUAGCACGCGUGUUAGGGAAGAAACUUGUGGUAAUUAAUAUGAACCAACAGUCAGAUUCUGUGGACUUAUUGGGGGGCUACAAACCUGUCGACCUAAAGUUUGUACUUUCUCCGCUUUUGAGAGAAUUUCGAAAUGUUUUCUGUAACUAUUUCAAUGUAGAAAAGAAUCAAAAAUUUUUAAGUAACAUCAAUUUAUGCUUCAAUGAGCAAAAGUGGGACAUGCUGUUAAAGUUGCUCAAGAGGAGCUGCGAGGCUGCCUUAGUUCGUUUGUCGUCAUGUGACGAUAUUUCUGUAAAAAUUGGUGGAAAAAGGAAAAAGGAUGAGAAAAGAGUGUAUUCGAAUUUCUUAAAAAAAUGGACAGAAAUUAGCAAAAAGUUGGAGAAAUUCGAAUUGCAACUUAAAAAUAAAAAUGCCUUGGUAUUUUCGUUUGUCGAAGGAAGUUUAGUUAGAGCAGUAGAAGAAGGAUACUGGGUACUUUUGGACGAAAUCAACUUGGCAAAUGCAGAAACUUUGGAGUGUUUAUCUGGCCUAUUAGAAAGCAGGGAAGGCUCCCUAAGUCUCUUGGAACGAGGCGAUAAAGAACCUAUCAAAAGGCAUAAAGAUUUUGUUUUGUUCGCUUGUAUGAACCCAUCAACUGACGUAGGUAAAAAGGACCUUCCCGUGGGACUUAGAAACAGGUUCACAGAGUUUUUUGUGGACGAAUUGACCGAUAAAAGCGAUUUAUUAUUACUCGUUAGUAAUUAUUUAAAUGCCAUGGCUCUUUCAAAUGAAAAACUGGAGAAUAUUGUCAAACUGUAUCUCAGUAUUUGUAAAGAGGCUCAACUAAACUUAACAGAUGGCCUGGGGCAUAAACCUCAUUUUUCUUUGCGAUCUCUGUGUAGGGCCCUGGUGAUUGCAUCAAAGAAUCCCUGUGGGGUAUUUACGAGAAGCCUUUUUGAGUCUUUUUUGCUUAGUUUUCUCACCCAACUCGAUGUUAAGUCUUACAGAAUUGUUCAAAAUCUUAUUUUAAAGUACAUUUUUGGCAAUGCGAAGGAAGCGAAGAGUAUUUUGAACCAGCCCAUUCCACCGCCCCAACAACCAAAAAAUAAAGAUUUUGUACUUUUCGAAGGUUAUUGGAUUGCAAAAGGAGACCUGGAACCUUUGCCAAUUGAAAAUUAUGUGUUGACAGAGUCUGUUAGGCGAAACUUGAAAGAUCUGGCAAGAGUUGUGUCCUUGGGACGUCUUCCCGUUUUACUACAGGGGGUGACAUCCGUAGGAAAGACGAGUAUGAUAACGUAUUUGGCAAAAAAAAGCGGUAAUAAGUGCGUGAGGAUCAACAAUCAUGAACAUACAGAUUUACAAGAAUAUAUAGGCUCUUAUGUCGCCAAUUCCGAGGGAAAGUUGGUCUUUCGUGAAGGUGUUCUCGUCGAAGCAAUGAGAAAAGGCCAUUGGAUUAUACUGGAUGAGUUGAAUUUAGCCCCAACGGACGUUUUGGAGGCCCUAAAUCGAGUUCUUGAUGAUAAUCGCGAAUUAUUUAUACCGGAAACCCAAACAACUGUAAAAGCAAAUCCCAAUUUUAUGCUCUUUGCCACCCAGAACCCACCAGGGGUUUAUGGUGGUAGGAAAAUGCUUUCGAGAGCCUUUAGGAACCGAUUCGUAGAACUUCACUUUGAUGAAAUUCCACCUGUUGAAUUAGAAGUUAUUUUACAUGAACGCUGCGAAAUGCCCAUGUCUUAUGCUAUAAAAAUGGUGGCCGUUAUGACAGAUUUACAGACCCGGAGACGCAGAUCUGCGGCUUUUGCCGGCAAGCAGGGUUUCAUAACGUUGAGAGACCUGUUCCGGUGGGGUGAGAGAUACCGACUUUCAAAGGUUUCGAAUCGUUUGUACGAUUGGGAUCAGCAUUUGGCGGACGAGGGUUAUUUGUUACUGGCAGGUCGAGUUCGCCAAAUAGAAGAGCGCGAGGAAAUAGCAGCGGUCAUAGAAAAUCGUAUGAAACGUAAAAUUGUGCCUGAAAAUCUUUUUACGUUGUCUGAAAGAACUUCACCUGUUACAAAAGGAAUACUCGAAAAUCUUGAGCGGAACAAGAAUAAACACAGAAACAUUGUUUGGACUUACAACAUGAGACAACUGGCGGUCUUGGUGUGGAAAGCUCUAGAUUUUCACGAGCCAGUUUUAUUGGUGGGUGAAACGGGAUGCGGUAAAACGACCAUUUGCCAGCUGUUGGCUGAACUUCGUGGACAGGAAUUGUUAACGGUGAAUUGCCAUAUGCACACGGAAAGCAGCGAUUUCAUCGGUGGUUUGAGACCGAUACGAGAUCGCAAUGAAAAUAACAAUUCACGACUAUUUGAGUGGGUAGAUGGACCUUUGAUAGAGGCAGUUGUUGGGGGCGAAAUGUUUCUUGCGGACGAAAUAUCUUUGGCUGACGACAGUGUCUUGGAAAGGCUCAAUUCUCUUUUAGAAUCGGAAAGGACCUUGCUGGUAGCUGAAAAAGGAACGGACAUCAACAGCAUAAAUAGUUGCGAAUUUAUUGUGGCUAAUGAUAAUUUUCGAUUCAUUGGUACUAUGAAUCCGGGGGGCGAUUAUGGAAAAAAGGAGCUAUCUCCAGCUCUCAGAAACAGGUUUACGGAGAUAUGGUGCGAACCGUGUAAAGAUAGAGCCGAUCUUAUUCGAAUUAUCGAAUGUAAUAUUAAAGAUACGCUUUCGCUGUGUAAUUUCGAAGAUGAAAAGUCAGGCAUUGGAAAAAUGAUUAUGGACUUCAUCGAGUUUUUCUCUAGAACGGAAUUAGGUAGAAGAUUGACUAUAACCGUGAGAGACAUCUUAACCUGGGUUUGUUUUCUGAACGCUUGUGAUCAAAAAUUGAACGUAACAGAUGCCUUCGUGCAUGGUGCUUUCUUGACUUUUUUGGAUGGCAUGGGAUCAGGAUUAACAACUACAGAAAGUCCCCAACUAUUAACAACUGUGCGUGAAAGUUGCCUGCAAUUUCUGAAGAAACAGUUGCGUGAUGUUGGUCAAGACGUUUCGGACUUAUUUCUUGACAAUGAGAAGUUGUUAAAGAUAGAGUAUACAUUAGAUGGAACUUUUGGCAUUAAACCGUUCUAUGUGGCUCUCGGAAAUGUCGAGCAAGAAACGUCAAGCUUUUGUUUCGAUUCGUCUACAACUAAAUUUAAUGCUGUCAGACUUCUCAGGGGAAUGCAAUUAAAUAAGGCUAUUUUGUUAGAGGGAAGUCCUGGCGUUGGAAAAACCAGUCUCGUAAUGGCGUUAGCAAAAUGCACUAAAAAUAGAAUCACAAGGAUUAAUCUCUCCGAUCAGACGGAUAUUUCCGAUCUUUUUGGUGCCGAUUUACCCGUCGAGGAAGGAACUGGGGGUCAUUUCUCGUGGCGAGAUGGUCCCUUUUUAAGGGCACUUAAGAAUGGAGAUUGGAUAUUAUUAGAUGAACUUAAUUUGGCUUCUCAGUCGGUCUUGGAAGGAUUAAACGCUUGUUUGGAUCAUAGAGGGGAGAUUUUUAUCCCUGAACUUGGGAAGACCUUCACGGUCAAGCUGGGUACACGAUUGUUUGCUUGCCAAAAUCCUCAACGCCAAGGGGGUUCAAGACGAGGAUUACCGCGUUCGUUCCUUAACCGUUUCACGCAAGUUUAUAUUCACGCAUACAACGAUAAUGAUUACGAACGCAUUUUAUCGAAGGCUUUCCCGUUAUUUCCCCAGGAUUUAAUUCGUAAAAUGAUAGCGUUUAACUCGGCCGUUAAUGAAGCCCUACGAACGCGUUCGUUCGGACACAGGGGCGCCCCGUGGGAGUUCAAUUUACGUGAUUUGGUGCGGUGGUGCGAAGUGACGCAAUUUUUAUACAAAGACGUGGACGGUGAAUUGGCUCCCGAGCGCUUCGUGAACGUAAUCUACGCUGAUCGGAUGCGAACGCACGAAGACAAAAUGAAAAUGUGCGAAAUGUUCGCGAAAGUAUUUGGUCGCGAAUUAAUCGGUAUCGCGCCAAUCGCCUACGUCACUAGGACUAAAGUUUAUAUUGGUGACGCUAGAGUCGAAAAGAUGACUGACAGCGUUAAUAUGAACGUAUUAAAACAGGAAAAGACUAAUUUAGUGCUUCGAAAACAGUUAAGCGUCUUGCGCAGUUUAUGUUAUUGCGUCAACUUGAAAUGGAUGGCCGUUUUAGUAGGCCCUGCAGCUAGUGGAAAAAGUAAAGUUGUGCAUACAUUGGCAAAACUGACCGGCAGGACAUUGUAUACGUUGCCUGUCACUCCCGCGAUGGACACCAUUGAUCUGUUAGGAGGCUUUGAACAGACCGACUUUUCCCGACAUUUAGAAGAAAUCACUAAACAAACAGAAUACCUCGUUUUAAAUGUCAUCCAAAAACUGUUUAUUAAAGGAAACAAAGAGAAUGCAGUUAAACUUUUGUUUGAAUGGGAAAAUUGCAUUUCAUAUCUUCAUAAAGAGGCCAAUGAACAGACGAUGACUGAAGUAUCAAAACUGUUCUUAGCAAAGAUUGAAUCGUUGAAAAUGUUGUGGAACGACCUUAUUAAUUUCGGUCAGUUGGAUGCCGAUUGUUUUUCUUUAAUAGAGAAACUUCAGAACAGGGGUAAGUUCCUCGGCGAUACGGUGAACGCAGAAGGAAAUUUGAAUGCCGGUGGUAAAUUCGAAUGGGUCGAUUCUGUACUCGUAAAAUGUUUGCAAAAUGGUUAUUGGUUAUUAAUCGACGAUGUUAAUCUAUGCAACGCUGCAGUGUUGGAUAGAUUAAAUGCGGUAUUAGAACCGAACGGUGUCCUUACAAUCGGGGAGAAAGGUGUUGAUAAAAACGGUGAACCGGUGCAGAUAAAACCACACAAAGAUUUUCGCUUAUUUUUAACUCUGGAUCCCCGAAAUGGCGAAAUUUCUAGAGCGAUGAGAAACAGAGGGUUAGAAAUAUAUAUGUUAAACGAUGAUGAAAUGAAUGAGCUCGAUUUAAAAAGUUUAAUUAGUCUGGAGGGAUUAAAACACAAAGAUGUAGUAGAAGCGCUCAUAAACGUCCACUAUUUUAUUAAAGAAUUAAUUAUAGGAGAUAAGCCUGAUGUCAGACACAUUUUGCAAAGUGCAUUUUUAAUUUCGCAACAAAUAUCUCGCGGAAUCGCUUUGGAACGUGCAUUUGUAAGGAGCAUUUUGGACGUUUAUUUCAAAACGAGAAAUAUUGCCGCUUUCAAUACAAACGAUCCCGAAGUAGUUAUCAUAACUAAAAUUAAAAGUGUACUUGAAAAUUUAACUGAUUCGCCACUGUUACAUACAACGCUUAGCACAAAAGAUCUCGAAAUCAGCUCCGAUUUGGAAAAAAUUCGACAGCAAGUCUCAAUUCUAGAAAGUCACUUGCCAUCCAAACCGCAUGCAAAUGUUGACGACUAUAACAGAAAAUUAAUUCAGUGGUUACUUAUACAUUCCUAUUCGAUAUCGAAUAAGCAUGAUAUUAAAUUGAGGUGGAAAUACGUGGACGAAUUAUUGAAAGGAGCAAACGCAAAAACUUACCAAACUUGUAACGAUUUAAUACGCGACGAAAUAUUAAGGAUCGUCGAAAUGGAAAAUAAUAACGACGAUAACGAUAUUCCUAUUGAUACGGGGUGGUUGUUGGACAAUAUUUAUUUGCAAAACGAUCCAAAUUCGAGAAACAGGCUCCUUUUAAGAUUACACUUCAUGUCCACAAAGUAUUUAUACGAACGUAAGGGGGAAUGGCGAAAGGAAAACAUGACGCUGUUACAAUAUAUGACCAGUGUAAGAGAAGAAAAACAAAAGAACAAUAUCGACGACGUUGUCGUUGAAAACUUUUUCACCCUUCUCGACGAAUACGACGCGUUUAUUUUGGAAAAGCUAAAAAACAAAAAUUUAGUAAUCAGUGACUUCGACACGGUGGCUGCGCUGGCGCUACUGCAGUGGAGGUUUGCGUUUUAUCAAAACACGAAAAUUAAUAUCCAGGGGAUUAACAUAACUGCAAUGAAAACGCUAUUGUCCGAUCUCCAUUUGCAUUAUAAAUGGUUCUUCAAGUUUUCGGUCGGUCUCAUUUCGAAAAUAUUAAAGGAGACACCCGAUCCUAGCUUGCAACGUCUAAUCGAUACCAUCGGAUCUCAGUUGUCUACGCAUUUUUCCCUGGCCUAUAAAAUAGGAAGAUUGUAUGCGAAAAAAUCCGCCACACCUACACCGUUUGUAAACGAAAACCAAAUCAAAAACAACUUAAUCUACGAAGAAGAAAUGAAAAAAGUCGAUUUGUACAAAGGAAGAUCGAACUUUAACGUUAUCGUAAAAAAGAAUGCUACCGAUACUAAUCGAAGAAACAAUCUGAUUGAAAUUAAGUUCAUGUUAAAAUGUGGACAGGAAAAUAUCGAUUUUCAUCCAUUGAAUCAGGCAACGACGGUGCCAGACGAAGAAAACGUUCUCAAGGAUAGUGGUGUACAGAUUCUUCCCGUUUUAGAUUACGUUUGUUCUUUAGCAAUGCUAUCGAUAAAGUGGCAGCGUGACUUGACGAAAGUUGACGAAAACUUCCUAAAGAAUUCUAAAACCGUGCCGGCAGAUCUCGCAGGAUUAUUACUAGCGUACGAUAAAAUGCGAGAGCCAAGUUUUCUAUACGAAAUUAAAACGAAAUUGUUCUGGUACCAAAUAAAGUCACCCUCCUCUGUUCCGAAACGUUACACUUAUUUCAACGUUCAUCAGUCCGCAAGUUCAAACGAUACAACACCAACGGUAGUACUUCCCAUGCAUACACCUCGACUUGUGUAUCUUACCGUCGACCUAUUGAUAACAGACUCAAACCCUACGAAUAUUUUUAACACAAUAACUCUAGGAACUUACAGAGAAAAUGAAGAUUUGCUCGAAACUUUCAAAUCCGUAUUAUGGAAAAAUACACGGCAAUUGUCCUACAACGAUUACGAUUUCAUAACGUGCGAAAUUAAAUAUCUUCUUAAUGAGUACAAUAACGUAAUGACCGUUUUAUUAAAGGCCCUGACAAACGAUUCAAAAACUUCAAGUGCAAGUAGCAAUCAUUUCGAAACGACUGAAAUGUGUUUAAGUGAAAUAAAGAGAUUCGAAAUGAAAUAUCCGACACACAAGGCCGACUUAAAACUACUUAAAUAUCUAAUAGAUAAAUGUUUAAACGAAAUUAAAAAAUUGGACGGUAGCAUCGAAAGUAACUCCUUACACGCAAAUUUAAAUCGAAUAUCAAAUGUUUAUUUAGUCCUCAACAACAUAAAGAUUUGCGUCUAUUCAAAAUUACCAGCAGUAGAUCAUUUGACAAAAGUUAAAUUUAAAAAGCAGCGCCUUUCUCAAAUUAUAAACGAAUUGGAAAUUCUUAAUCGAAGUUUCGAAUUUGAAAAUUGUGUGUAUAGUGACGACCGGAGGUCGUUGCAUCCCCUGCAUUUCCACGUCGAUCGGAAAAUUAACGAGUUGCAAUUGGAAAAUGAAAAGUACGAAAAGUUUGUUACUGUUAGACCUGAAAAUAUCAGUUACCAGUUAAUCCUAAAGGAAAUUUCCCACAUCAACGCUACAAUUUUAUCGCAACAAAAGUUGGAUAACUUUUACUCCGAAUCGGAUAAAUAUUUCACUUUAUUAAGCAGUGCUAUUGAACACGACAAAGUAAUUGACGAUGGUUUAUCAGAGGAACAAAUACAGAAAUUCAUCAACAUAUCGCAAAAUAACAUAAAAACUUACGAAAACGCAAUCGAAGAUGUUUUGGAAAGGUAUCGCAUCGGUUUUCCCGAUGUAAUUGAACCAUUUUUAUCCACAGUUACCGAAUAUCUGUACGGAUACAUUCUAAAAGUUGGCAUAUUAAAAAAAAUGCUCCUACAAUACAAAGCAUCAAAACAGAAAAUUAAUCUGCACAAGUUGGUGACCAACUUUGUUCAAUUCCCUUCAAUUCCAAAUAAUUAUCACCAACUAUUACGCAUGAUUAACGUGUGUUCGAACGUUUUCAAGAUUUUUUUGAAGCAUAACACUGAGGAUGAAAUCGAAAACAUAUCGAAAACUGAAAAGUCGAGACUUGUUUUUAUUGCCAUCCAAGAGGUUUAUAAUUUGAAUGUGAUUAUUUCGAAAAAUACGGAAAAGUUGGAGAAUAAAUUAUUUAAACAUUUCGACUGUCUAAUAGAAUUAUUUGUCGGUGCUUGGACAAAACAAAAAGAUUUGGAAGAAGCCAGAAAAAAGGAGAAAGAAGCUUUAUAUAAAAUACGGAUUAAAACAGAAGAUGAAAUUGAUCAGGAAGAAUUUUCUCAGCUUUUCCCAAAUUAUCGGGACGUCGAUUUUUCCGAUUUGGAUUCAAACGGAUUAGAAGAAGGAAACGAGAAGUUUGAAAAUAACGAAGAGGAUAUUUUGGCAUUUGGUGAAAUUACAAAGGAAGAUGCAAAAUAUAUUAUGGAUUUGCAUGGGCAGCUUGUGCAUAAUUUUACAAAAACCGAGUGGUUAGACUGUGAAAAAGCAACCAACGUACCUUUGGAUAUUGUGGGUCCUCUUUUAAAAAAGUUUAAAAUCUUUAAAUUGAUUCUUGACGAAAGUAUAUCUUCAGCAGAUUAUCAUUUAGACGCCCAAGCUAUCGGUAGUUUGAACGUUUUAGUAGAUGUUGCACAAAAGUUCGGACGAACCGAUUUUGAACAAAAUUCUUCGAAAUUAGCUCAGAAAAAGCGAAAUAAUUUUUAUAAAGAUUCAAAUACAGACGAAGUAAAAAAUUCCUAUCACAUAUUGAAGGAGCUCGAAAACGAAAUCGACAGGUUAUUAAAUGAAUGGCAAGAUCAUCCUGGACUUUUAACCAUAAAAAGUGUAAUAGAACGUAUUUACGAGUUUCCGAUAACGAGUCCACUUUCUCGUUUUUUGACUGGCUUUGAAAUGCUCUUAACAAAAUGCCACGAAUGGGAACAAAACGCCCAUUCGGGCGUCAGUUUAUCAGCUAAUAUUCAAAAUUUGGUUCAACAAAUCAUUGCUUGGCGUAAAAUUGAAAUGAACAUGUGGAAAGAAUCUUUAAACGGUGUAUACGAAAGGAUGAACGAGCCAAUAACCAAUUGGUGGUUUUACAUGUAUAACGUGAGCAAACAGUUUAUAUACGAGGGUUGUUUAGACAAAAAAGAACUGAUCGAAACUUUACGGAAAUUUAUUUUCGAGUCCAACUUGGCCGAAUUUAACGGCCGUUUAGGCUUACUUUACACAUUCCAUUGUCAUGCUGUUCACUUGGAAAAGAAUGAUACGAGAGACCAAUUGGUUAACAUUUUAUGGAAUAUUUAUCAAUAUUUCAAACAGUACGAACCCAUAGUGGAAAAUAAAAUUAAAGAUCUUCGAUCACCUAUAGAGAAAAAACUUAAGGAUUACAUAAAAAUCGUCAAAUGGAAAGAUAUAAGUUACUGGGCGAUAAAAGAGACUUGCGAAAAAUCCCACAAAACGCUUUUCAAGCACAUGAAGGAAUUUGAGAAAGCAUUGAACAGUCCUGUGAAACUUUGCCUUUCGAACGUCACAAGUCAAAUUAAAAACGAAGAAAAUGUUGGAAUUUGGGACAGGCCCCAAAGACAAGUCCCGAAAAAUUAUCAUUAUACCAUCGAUUCGUCUAAUUAUGUUGCAAAAUAUGCAAUAUCAAAAGUAAAAACUGAUAAUAAAUUAGAAAAGGGGAGUAAUGUUAACCAUGUCAUAUUUCAGAAAAUCUCAAGUGACGAAGCGCACUCGAAACUAGAUAAAUAUUUUUUAAAAUCUCGCACAUUUUGCAAAGAAGUGAUCGAUUCGUGUCAAUAUCCGAUAUUAAUAAAAGCCCUGGAUUGUUUCAUUGCAGAAAUAAUUGAAAGAAGUACACACUUACAAAAUAUUCAGGUCGACUCAUCGCUGCCGAAAACUAAACAAAAAUCUAGUUUAAAAAGCAUUUUGCAACAAAAACGUAAAGCUCUGUCGGAUUUGUUCAAAAAUUUGACGAAGAUAGGGUUUUCCUAUAAAACAGGUUUAGUUAUAGAAACUACCAGUAACGAUCUCGAUGAUUAUUUACUAAUGAAACCGAUAGAUUUAUCAGCAGGUCUAAAACAAUUUCCGCAAAGUCAUUACAACGAAAAAAUAACCACAAUCUGGGAAGGAUGCGAAACGUAUUACAUAAGAUCCCUUAUUAGACUUAACUUGUUAAAAAAUAUUUUAUCAAAACCUGCUUCUGACUUAGGGGCACAAAACGUGGAAAGAUGUCGCGGAUUCGCUACCCAUUUGGUGCAAUCGAUUCAGAAACAAAAAGCAAAAGUAAUCGACAGUUUCGAAAUCCUUUACAAUAUAAGAAAAUGUAAAAUACAUCUGACAGACAUUUGCGAGCAAAACACUAUCUUCCAAACACAUAUGCUGGAAAAAUUAAAGGAUUGCCUUAGUAAUGUUGUUAUAACCAUGGAACAAUAUAAAAUAUAUUUAUUAACCGCACCAGAACAACCCGUAUUCGAUAGUAAUUUAAAAUUAAACAUUCCUGUCCUUAUGCCAGAACCUAUAGACUAUAUUCAUUAUAAACACGACCAGUGUUGGGAUAAAGCUAUGUGUUUGGUACAAGAAGCAAAAGAUAAAGCUCAAAAACUACUGUCUAGUCUAAAACAUUAUGACAAUUCAGAUUUUAAAUUAUUUGCACUGCACGACACCGAAGAAAUCGUUUUCGAAUUUACUACCAUCGUCGAUAAAAUUGUUAAUUUAUCUUCAAUUAUUGGCAAUACACCACUAGCCGAUGCUUUAAAACAUCUUAAAGCAGAAAUACGCAGCGUAUCUAACCAGUUGGUUAUUAACGCGAAUAAUUUGUUAAAAGUUAAGGAAAUAGUGACACCGGACGAAUUUCGAAAAACGAUCAAAAAUUUGGAAGAUCAUGUUCUCUUGUCAAUACAGAAUAUUUACAAGAAAUACGAAGAAGAUAUACAGAAAGAGAAGAAUAAGAGUUUGGAAAAUACAGAUGAAGAUCUGGCGUUGAAUGAUAAUCACCUAAAAAUGUUAAUAUUACAGAAAUUGGACGAUGAUAUUGAAUUAAUUAACAUGAAAAAUAUCUUGACCGAUAUUCACAAGAUCAUUUCGAAUAUUAAUACCAUGGACAGCAAGACAAUAUUAGAGAUAAAAACAGAUUUAUCAAAGACGUUUCCUUUGUUGGAACAACUUCUUCUUUUUUAUCAAUAUUUCGUAACGCAACAAGUUUUGACCUACAGGAUAACGUCGAAGUUGACUUCAAUAAUUCUCAACAUCUUCAUAGAUUUAUUAACAAAAGGAUUUUGUUCACCUUCUGACCUUCCGAAUGAAGAAACUAAUGAAGCAGAAGGGGAGUGUCAAAAAGGUGGGUUUGGUCUAAGUGAAGAUCAAGGAGAGAAAGAUGUUUCAGAAAGAAUCGAAUCCGAAGAUCAACUGGACGAUGCCAAAUCCUUUGGCGAAGAAAAAGAGAAACAAGAUAAUCAGCCAAACAAAGAAGAAGAAAAAGGCAUCGAAAUGAGCGAAGAUUUCGAUGCAGAUUUACAAGACGUCCAAAAAGAUAAAGAAGACGAAGAAAAUUCGAAUAACGGUUCUGAUGCUGAAGAACAAAUGGGAGAUGUUGAUAAGGGCACCGACAGACUAGAUCAACAGCUGUGGGGUUCAGACGAAGAAAAUGAUACUAAAGAUGAAACCAAAGAAGAUAUAGAUGGUGGUGGUGGUGAAAAAUUAGGGGAAGAACAGAUAGGCACAGAAACAGCUGAAGAAGACAGUACAGAAAAUAAAAAACAGAAACUGAAAGAUAUCGAUAAUUUUAAAGAACCGGAAAUUGAUGACGAUCAAAUCGAUCCACAUCAUGGUAAUCAUCCAGAAUAUCCAGAACCGGAAGCUCUAGACCUUCCAGACGAUUUUGGUCUGGACAAAGACGACAACGAAAAGGAAGAAGCACCCGAAGAAAAUCCCUUUGAUAUCGACACAAUAAAAGAUCAAAUACCAUUAAAGGACACAUUAGAAUCCAACGACCAACAAGACGACGAAAAAGAAAAAAGUAACCUUGAAGAUGAAAAAGGAGAAAGUGAGGAGGAAAAUGGUAUAAUUGAAGAAGAAGAAGAAGAAGGAGAAAGAGAGAAGGAUGAUCAAUUAGGCAGCGAAGAAUUGGAAGAAGAUGAUAAGAACAAGAAGACUGACAAAGAUAACAGCAGCGACAUUGAAUCGUCUGAAAUGAAAGAUGAAGAUGCUAGCGUAAAAUCUGGUCUAGAUCAGAACCAAAGCACAAAUGAAAAAACACAGCCAAUGGAAAUCGAUAAUUCCGAGACUUCAGACAACGCGCAAACAACAGAUAUGAAAGCCGUUGCUGAAUUUCAAGAGAAUCGAGAUUCCUUUAUGGAAGAAGAAAGCGAAGACAAAGAAGGUAUCGGACAGUCUCAAACGGAAAAGAGUAAAACUGGCCAUAAAACUCCCGCAAACGCGUUUGAAGAUAUUUCAAAUUCAAAACAAGACGAAAGCAAAGAAGAAAGGAAAAGAAAACCGGGAGAAGCUGAUUCAGAAAGAAGUUUAGGUGACGUAAAAGAGCCAGUGAAAAAGAAACUAAAAACGUUUAAUAUUCAGAAUUCAAAUGAAUCAUUGAAAGAAGAAAAUGAAGAUGAUAGGUCAUAUGAACAACAAACGGAAAUGUACAAACACAUCAAGGAAACUACAAAGACUGCUGUUCAGACUCUCGAUUUUGCAACAGAUGAACAAAUACAACAACAGCAAGAAGAAAUAUCUAAAUUGAAAGAAGAAGAAAUAAAUGAAAAUAUUUUAACAGAUACGACAAAAUUAGUAAAGGACGACGAGGAGGAAGAAAUAGAUAUACUCAAUCAAAUAGAAAAAUGUCAAGGCGAACAGACAGAAUUUGAUGGAAAGAAAGAUAUAAAUACUAAUAAAAAAUCCGAAGGUGGUGUGAGAGAGGAAGUAUCGGAGAUUAAUAUAGAGGGUGAUAUUGUUGAAACCCAUACUGCAAGUCGAGCUGCGGAAACAAUCUAUUGUACUCAAGAUGCCCUUUUCACCUUAACAGAAAGUCAUUUAAACAAUGAAGAAAUUGCGAAAAUCAGAAUUGAAGUAGAAAACCAACUGUCUGCUUGGAAUGAGAUACGGUCAGAUGUAGAAGCUGAAAGAGUUUGGGAGAAAAUUUCUUCAGUUACGACUCCCUUAGCACAAAUCUUAUGUGAACAACUUCGUCUGAUAUUAGAACCUACCCAAGCGUCCCAACUAAAGGGAGAUUAUCGCACGGGUAAAAGAAUUAAUAUGAUGAAAGUUAUUCCUUACAUCGCUUCCCAGUUUCGUAAGGACAAAAUCUGGCUGAGAAGGACCAAACCUUCGAAAAGAGAUUACCAAAUCGUUCUAGCAAUAGACGAUUCCUCAAGUAUGUGCGAUAAUAGAUCGAAGGAGCUCGCGUUCGAGAGCGUCUCUCUUAUAUCGAAAGCCCUUACCCUACUAGAAAGCGGACAAUUGUCGAUAUUGGGAUUUGGAGAAAACGUGGAAAUUUUACAUAAACUGGGCGAUACUUUCUCAGAGAAGAACGGUUCGAAUUUAAUCCAAAAGUUCACUUUUUCUCAGAAGAAGACUUGCAUUGCAAAAUUGGUCAAUUUUACGACCGAAAUGAUGACAGUUAAUCCGUCAACUUCUAGUGCCCAAGUGGCACGAUUAUUGAUAAUUGUUAGUGAUGGAAGAGGAAUAUUUUGGGAAGGCGAAAAUCAAGUACAGCAAGCAGUUAGGAGAGCGAAACUGGCUGAUAUUUUCAUGAUAUUUGUGAUAAUUGACAAUCCCCAAAACAAAGAUUCGAUUUUGGACAUUCGCAUGCCUAUUUUUAACGAAGGAAAACUGUUAGGAAUCAAGUCAUAUAUGGACUCGUUUCCCUUCCCUUUUUAUAUUAUUUUAAAAGAUAUCAACUCUCUUCCGGACGUCCUGAGCGAAGCACUGAGACAAUGGUUUGAAAUCGUGAUAAAUAAUAGUAAAAUAUAAGCACUUUCGUUUCUUCAACUGAG